AUGACCAGCAUAGACGAGCUUUUCAAGGGCGCCAGCAGCAACAAACGCAAGCUCGAACCUCUUCGAGAUCCAAGUGAGUAUCUGUCCCUCUCUGAAACUUUGCCUACCAAUUUUGCUGACGCCCCUCGGCGCCUAGAUGAGAUUUACAAAUCUGCACGCACAAAUGGAAGCUCGAGCCGACAUGCACAUGUAGAAGACGAACCCUCGGAAGACGCCGACAUCGAAGCUGGACCUGCACCGCCACCGGACGACGAAGAAGGCGACUAUGGCCCGACUUUGCCGGCCGAAGAGGAGGAAGAAGGCGGAGAUGAUGAGGAAGGGCGUUUCUUUGGUGGCGGAGUCAGUGCACAGCAACGCGAGAUCCUGGACUACUUCGACAGCGCUGAGGGACAGCUCCAAUUCAAGGAAGAAAAGAUUGACAUUUCCUGGCUUCGACGGACAGCGCUCAACUUUGAAAAGCGGAUCUCUAAGAAUGCCGAGCUGAGGGCCAAGUUCGAGGACGAUCCAACACGCUUCAUUGCGAGCGAAGCCGACCUGGACGCGGACAUCAAGGGUCUGAGCAUUCUGGCCGAACACCCAAGCCUAUACCCUGAGUUCGCCAACCUGGGAUGUAUUGCCAGCUUGGUCGGCUUGCUGGCGCACGAGAAUAGUGACAUUGCAAUCGAUGUGCUGGAGCUACUGAAUGAACUUACCGACGAGGAUGUGCCCGCCGAGGACGAGCAAUGGAACGCCCUCGUGGAUGCAUGUUUGGACGCCGACUUGCUAGGGUUGUUAUUCAGCAACAUGGAACGAUUGGAUGAGAAGGAAGAGAUGGAUCGAAACGGAAUCUACCACGCUCUCAACAUAUGCGAAAAUUUGUGCUCGAGGACGGGCAUAGCGGAGAGGAUAGGGGCACAGGAGAACCUGGUUAAAUGGUUACUGCAGAGGAUGCAGGCAAAAGAAAGUGUCGUCAGUCAAAACAAGCAAUACUCGGCCGAGAUCCUGGCCAUCUUGGUGCAAUCAAGUUCCAAAAACCGGAGACAGCUGGCCGCGAUGGAUGCAGUGGACAACAUGCUGCAGCUUAUCGCUCCUUACCGAAAACGAGACCCUGAGAAAGGAGGCGAGGAAGAAGAGUACAUGGAAAAUCUGUUCGAAGCGCUUACAUGUAUAGCGGAUGAACCUGAUGGAAAGAAGAAAUUUGUUGAAGCUGAAGGCGUUGAGCUCUGCUUGAUCAUGCUGAAGGAAGGCAAAAUGAGCAAGAUUGCUUCAUUAAGACUUCUCGAUCACGCCGCUGGUGGUCCCUCUGGAGCCGACGUAUGCGCCAAAAUCGUCGAGGCUGGCGGACUCAAGAAUUUGUUCACACUUUUCAUGAAGAAGAACGAUAAUCAGACGUCUGAACACCUCAUCGGGAUAUUCAACUCCAUGCUUCGACUGCUACCAGCCAAUUCGCCCGAGAGGAUACGAACACUGGCCAAAUUUGUCGAGAAAGACUACGAAAAGACCACGAAACUAGUCAAAUUACGCCAAGAAUACGCUUCAAGAGUCAGUCUAGCGGACGAGGCCAUCCGAUCUGAACAGUCACGACUGAGUGCGGAGGAAAAAGAAGAUAUGGCAGAUGAGUGGUUUUCCCGUCGACUAGACGCGGGGCUUUUCUCUUUGCAGAUGAUCGAUCUCGCACUGGCAUGGUUGAUUGCCGAAGAUGGUGGUGCCAGGAAGAAAGUCAAGGCCUUAUUGGCUGAGAGAGACGAGACGCUGACUGUUAUCAAGCAAACAUUGGAUGAACAAAUCGAUGGCAUGGAUGUUGAAGAUCAGGAGACAAAAGAUACCCGCGAGAUGCUCACAACGCUGGCCGAGUUCUUGCAAUAG